GCUUCGAAUGGUUCGGUUUCCACGGCGGGAAAAACCGAACUCGUCUCCGCCCCGGGUGUCGUAUCAGCGCACGUUCUCUAAGACGAACGCGCCGCCUAAGAUGGCAGAACACGCAUCAGAUUCAUACAAUAUCGAUGCCGGUAUAGGAAAUGUCGCAUGUGCUGGGCCCUGUUCCUGCAGGUGAAUGAACCCUGAGAAGGCGCCCGCCCCACGUUAGCUAGCGCGGGGCUCAAGCUGCAUCGCUCACCUAUGCCCAACAGCUUGGACCUUGCUGCGGGCGGUGACGUCUUCCCACUGGACUUGUGUAAACAACGCCGAACAUCUCUUUCCUAUGGCCUCCAACAUCCUGUUCCUCCCGUUCCGACGGUCACACUCGGUAAAUCUCACCGACGCGAUCAAGCAGUACAUAUCCUCCAAAUAUGACCAACAUCCAGACAUGUUCACCAAAGACCUGGAGACGAUCGAGAAGCUACGUUCGGUUGCAACACACGCCCAAGAACCGCACCCCAGCAACAUCCCGAAGCUUCAACAAUACGCGGCGCAGCUGAUAUGGCUGAGUGGGAAGUUUCCCAUCGACAUUGGCGUAGAGUUCCCAUGGUAUCCUGCGCUGGGAUACAAUACGAGCCGGCCGACAUCGCGCAACAACCUCCGCUUCGAACUCGCCAACAUCAUGUUCAACCUCGCGGCCAUGUACUCGCAGCUAGCCAUGUCGUCGAACCGAAGCACGCCCGACGGACUGAAGAUGGCAGCCAACAACUUCUGCCUCGCCGCUGGAGUCUUGUCGCAUUUGAGGAAUACCAUCUUGCCCGAGAUACGGACAGAGCCGCCAGAGGAUAUGGAUUUGAUGACACUCGAGUGUUUGGAAAAGCUGAUGUUGGCACAAGGGCAAGAAUGUUUCUGGCAGAAGGCUGUCAAGGAUGGAAUGAAAGACGCGACUAUCGCCAAACUAGCCGCUCGUGUAUCUGAUCUUUACAACGAGGCGGGAGACGCUGGGAUACAAUCGGACGCUAUAAGCAGCGAGUGGAUACACCACAUGACGGCAAAGCACCACCACUUUGCUGCUGCUGCUCAAUACCGUGCAGCCUGCGAUUCCCUCGAAAAGCGCAAGUACGGCGAGGAAGUGGCACGACUACGUGAUAGUCUGACUUGCGUGAACGAGGCCCUCAAGGAGCAGCGCUACAUCAACAAGGUCGUACUUGCAGACCUGAACGGCUUGAAGAACCGCAUCACGGAAGACCUGAAGCGGGCCGAGAAGGACAACGAUAUGAUCUACCUGCUACCUGUACCGCCAAAAGCAGAGCUCAAAAUCCUCGAUCGAGCCAACAUGGUUGUGUCAAGAGUUCCAAAGGAGAUAGCUGAGUCCAACUCCAUGUUAGGAGAGCGCGGUGAGCUUGGCCCUGCGCUUUUCUCCAAGUUGGUACCUUAUUCCGUGCACCUGGCAGCUAGUAUCUAUGUGGACCGCCGUGAUCGAUUGGUCAAUGGUACCAUUGUUGAAGAGCUAGAGGCAUUGACCAACAAGAUCCAUGAGGUACUCCGCAGCCUGAAUCUACCUGGCUCCUUGCAGGCUCUUGAGAAGCCACUAGGACUACCGCCAGGUCUUGUAGCACACGCCGAAGAAAUUCGCCAGCAAGAUGGCAUCAAUCGUCUUUUACGCUCGAUGGAGGAUACGAAGAAGCUCAUGUACACGGAUCAGGCUAUCUAUCAAGAAGGCGUCGACAUACUCAGGUCGGAAGCCGCAGAGGACGAAGGCGCACGACGCAAGUUUGGCACAGAACGUUGGACCCGACCCCCCGCAGAACAAGCCGCACCCAAGCUCUAUGCCCAGAUCAACGAAAUUGAUGGCUACUUCAAGGCCGCCACUAACAGCGAUAAUAUUGUGAAGACAAAGUUGAAGGAGAAUGAGCACUUCAUACGCCUACUCAGCGGACCGGAUCACGAGCUUGAAAACUAUGUACCAAGCGGUAGGAGACCCGCAAUCACUGGAGAUGUCGAACGCGAAGCUGGCAAGCUUCGUGGUAGCUUCAACGAGGUCAGUAGGCUCGAAAGCAGGCGAAGACGAAAGAUCGAGGCAUUGCGAACAAAGGCAAAGCAGGAUGACAUAAAUCCGGAAUUGCUGCGUGAAGCUGCUCGCUUAGAGCGGGAGUACCCUAUGCAGACAAUCGAGGCUGUGCAGUUCGAAGGGCUUUUCGACAAGCGUCUCCAGAUGUACGAUGCCGACCAAGACAUGAUCAAAGACGAAGAGAAUGAGCAAACAGAGGCCAUCAAGCGACUGCAAGAUGCAAACGCAGCAUUCUUAAUCGCUCGUCGCGGCGACCAAUCAACGAAGAAGCGUGAGCAAGCGUUACAGAACCUGGAGAAUGCAUAUUUCAAGUACAAGGAGAUCAUCUCCAAUCUCGACGUUGGACGAAAGUUCUACAAUGACCUCGCUAAGAUCGUGAACCGAUUUAGAGAUGAAGCGCGGACUUUUGCUUACAACCGCAAGUCAGAGGCGUCACACCUGGAGGGCGAUCUUACUACACGAAUGAGCUCCCUCGGCCUUCAGCAAGCGACGACGAAUUCGCUGCAUCAGCAGAAACAGGCAGACGCACAAAACCCAAAUUAUGGUGCCACUGCACAUGCAGAGGAGCCAUUAGCAGCUCCAACGCCGACCAGAGCAAACGUACCUCCACCGUCCGGUAUGUGGACACCAGAGGUUGGAAUUCGAUUUGGUGGUGUGCCUACAUCGUCUGGCAAUGCUCGACCUUCGGCUGGUCCUCCGCAGGAUGGGCGAUGGGAUCCUGCGCAAGGUCUAAAAUUUGGUUAAAUUGCGGGCGUGAGGCGGCAAUUCAUUUCUUUGGACAUUAUUCUCUAGGAUACCCAUUGUAAGAACAGAAGCAUUACAUUGCUCCGACUAUGUUUCUAGACUUUCUGUUGCUGUGACAGAUGCGUAGCGCGUGCGAGCUACUAGGAUGCAUAGAGAACACGGGACGCUGGCAGAACCAACGUGGUCGCAAAUGCACUGACCUGUGGAUUUCUUUCCCAAGUUACUGGUGGCGUGUUUUGCACAUGGGCUCUGUACAGCACAUUGUUUAGCACAUGGAGGGGAAAGCCAAGGUUUAGACUCGAUGUAUAUGCACGUAUGCGGCUCCGCGAAAAUGUUUCCCUGGGACC